AGGGGAUACGUCUCCCCGUCCUGCUUAAUUACGCCUUCACGAUGUACGAUAACAACACAAGCUGACGCGGGAAGGGCUCGCUUGGGCCGAAUCGCGAUGGGUAAAUUGCAACUGUAGCUCGGCUGGUCAAUCUGCACCUAGCAAGUAAGAAGAAGGUGCGCACGAUGGCAAAAGUUUUCCCUCGCGCCCGUGAAUGCUUCGGCGAUCGAAGCUCGAAACCGCCACAGGGAAUAGUGACUGGCAACGGGCAGCGGUAGGGGAGCACAUGCCGCGGCUGGGGAUACGGCACGGCGUUGCACACUGCUGUCAGCUUUGGAUUGGUAUGUGUUGCCAAGCAUACCUUCCCUAUACUCCGUCACAUCGUUGGUAUUUGCGAAUGCCUAACCAGUUUCACUUGUGUCAGAUCGCCGUGACAGCCAUGGUGUCGCGAAGCUCGGCCACGUCGAGUACCCAUACUGGCAGCGACACGGUGCCGGCUCGCACAGCGUCAUCCGCGUUUCGGCGCUGCAGGUACGCAAGCCAUGCGCUUUUGUGAUGUCCGGACAUUGCGGGAAACGGCGGUAGCGUGGACAUUGACGCGCUUCGCGCCUUCUCCACCUGGCAGUGCGCGGCCGGCCAGGAGCCUCUGUGCCGGAGACCGUCAUGCUCGAGCGUUCGACAGC